AUUUUGUCAUAAAUAAAUGAAAUAGACGGGUAAAAAAAAAAUUACAUUGAAUCCGCAAAUUUUGUUUUCAUAACAUGUCUUUGAAAUGUUUAUUUUAUUUAACACAGUAGUGAAACAUACAUAUCGAUUUUAUAGUCAGUGAAAGGAGAUUUUCAAUGUGUGAUAGAGAAGCUCUUAUGAGGUAAUAAAAUUAUAAUGGAUCAUGAUAAGACUAAAAUGGUUUUAGUUGUAGAGGCUGAAAAGGCCUUAUUAAAAAUUAGGCUUCGGCAGGCAGGCGUCUUAGUCUUGGCAAUUUUAAAAGCUUUAAUGAUAAUAAUAAUAAUUAUCCAAUAUCACGAAUAAAAUUACAUAAAUAAAGUAGCAAAGGUCUUUAUACAUUUAUAUAUAGUGUACCCAAAGAUUUAGAUGGCCUAACUAAUUUAUUAUUAGUAAUUUAAUUCUAGAGGCUAGUAAUUAUAAUAUAAAAAUGACUGGUGGGAGGAAAAUGCAUUUAUUAAAUUAUUAGGUUUAGGCUUAGGGUCCUUCCAUAAAUGACAUUUCACAUCAAAAACGGGGGGGGGAUCCACAAAUGUGACUUUGAUGAUGUGUCACAUGUCAUAUAUUUAUUAUCUAGGGAUCGACUGACUAAUAUAAAUAUAAUAAUAUGUGCACAAUAUUUGGAAUAUCUAAUGCAAUGCAACUAUUUUGCCAGCGACCACUUGUCACUUGUCACAUGACCUGCCGGAAUAAUAACGCCUACUAGUUGUCCGGCAGUCACGUAACAUGCCCGCCGGACAUAUAUCAUAUAUCUCGCACUAUUUGUCCGGCGCGCUGGACGUGUAGACACUUCAUAAAAAAAAGGACCUAAAAUAGUGAAACAUCAUUAAUUAUGGAUGGCCCUUAUGAAUUCGGUUAGUAGAGGUCGAAUGUCACUAAAACUAAAGAGUAAGUCAUGACAUUGUUAGUUGUGCUUUAACUUUAUUAACAUUUCAUCAUUUAACUGUGAUGACUUGUCUCUAUUUCUAGUUUUAUUCAGCAUUAUUAAUCAAGUUAGUACUUAAUGUUAUAUUAAAAGAAAAAAGUAACAAAUCCUGGGUGUCUGUAGCCACAACCCAUACAUUUAUAAUUAUUUUAUUUAAAAAGUAUGAUGAAGUCUGAAGCUUUAUUUUUUACCUUAAAGUAUUGAAGUUAAAAGAUCAGGAAAGUAAAUGUGUCCGAGACUAUAGAUGCAUACUCUAAAAGCGGCCGGACAAAGGCAUUAUAGGCUUUUUUUUUCACACUUGAGUUUCCAAUCUUCAGAUUGCGCCUUAGGAACCCCAGGGUCUUGUUUGCCCAGUUGCACACCCGUCAAUGUGCUUGUCCCAGCGGACCUCUCUUGGAAUGAUAACACCUAGGUACCUAACUGAGGAAACUGGCUCAAGAAUAUGGCCAUUCAAUUCGUAAGAGUGAUGUAGAGGGGAUCUGCUUCUGGAGACUGACAGGGUCUGGCACUUAACGGGACAAUUUCCAUGUCCCAGCUCAUCUCCCACUCUGCUAACCCAUUUAGGUCCUGUUGCAGCUGGUCCUGGUCAGAACUGUUGGCCAUCGUCUUAUACACUGCCGUGUCAUCUGCGAACAGUCUUGCUUGAGAGGUCAGCUUCUCUGGCAGAUCAUUGAUAUAUGCUAGGAACAAACAGGGGCCUAGCACCGAGCUUUGGGGGACCCCUGACUUAACACCAACAAAGGAGGAGGUUGUGCCAUCUACCAGUACUGCCUGGCAUUGGUCACUGAGAAAGCUAGAGAUCCAUGAUUUGGUAGUGCCUUGGAUCCCAUAUCUCUGCAAAUUGUGUACUAGCAAGCUAUGAUUGACACAGUCAAAUGCCUAUGAGAACUCCAGCUCAAGCACAUCAGUUUGCUUGCUGCUCUCUGUAUUGGUCGUCAAUUCUUCAGCAAAUUCAAGGAGUUGGGUCUCACAAUAUCUGUUGACUCGAAAGCCAAGCUGACAGUCAUUGAGUAUAUUGUGUCUUUCAAGAUGAUUCAUGACCGCGCUUACGAUUAUGUGCUCUUGACACUCUUGCCUGGAGUAUCUUCCUCUGAGAAGAUGCCGUUCAGCUAGUUCCAGUAAGAUCUGCACAGUAAGCAUUGGAUGGUUCUUCGGAGCCUCAGUACUUUUUGGCUUUUAGUUCGACCGAGCCAUUCUUCUUCAUUCGUUUGUACUUGCGGUCUCUCUUGUGUAUGAGCCUUUGGAUUUCAGCCUUAACUCAUGGCUGAUUUGUCUUAGGUUUGGAGGUCUUGUGUGGUAUGAAUUUCUUCACUGCAUCGUGAUUGUUGUCUUGAAUUUCAUCCACAGCUCUUCUGUUGUCACAUUACCCUGGAUCUCAUGCUUGUUUGAGCUCAGCUCUGUCAUUGCACUUCUCAGGCUAUUUCUCACACAGCCUGCUUCUUUUUUAGUGCGCUGACUUGAAAUUUGCAAUACGGUAUGCAGUGGUCUGAUAUCCCGGGGAUGACCUCAACUCUUAGGAUGAGAUGGGGACUGUUAGUGAGAAGUAAGUCGAGAGUGUUUUCCCCUCACAUGGGUUCUUUAACCAUCUGUUCCAGACCAUGGUUGUUAAUUAUCUCCAUGAAUUCAGAGUGUAGGACGGGGUAUGGGGACUUGGGCUUCAAGGCAGGAAUCUGCCAGUUCCAACCAGGAAAGUAUAAAUCUCCCCCUAUAAGGAAAGAAGCGUUCUUCGACUGAAUUGCUCUCUGAAGUGACACAUCAAGCCUCCUCAAGCUUGGUUCAUCUGCUGUGUCGGGUCUGUAAUAGGCACAAACGUAAAGUGUGUGUCUACCCUUAAGCUUCACCUUCACCCACAGGAGUUCGCAGUCAUCAGCAUCUAGGUCUGGAACAGAAUGACAGUCCAGGCUGUCAUGGACAGCAACAAGUACUCCUCCUCCUCUGUCUUUUCUGUCUCGCCGGAAUAGUUUGUAAUUAUCCGGUACAACCUCUACAUUGACUAUGGAGGGGUUCAGCCAUGUUUCUGUGCCCAGUAUGAUGUCAGGUUUUAGGCUGUUGAUCAAAUUGGCUAUCUCGACUCUCUUCCCGCUUGCAGACUGAAAGUUCACAUUCAAUAUGCGCAAUGGUCUGUGUUUCCAUUUGUCUUGCUGACUGCAGCGCAUAGGAGUACAGCAGUGUGGUGGCUGAAAACUCUGAAGGUCCGUUGGUGUGGAGCAUGAGGGAUUUAGGAAGAAAUCUGGGAGGGUAGAUUCUGUCCUUGAACUGUGGAGGUCAAACACGGUCUUGCAAGUCGGGCAUCCGCAGUACCAUGGCAUGCAAGAAUGUUCACCAUGCUGUUUGUCAUAGUCUGUGACUUUGGCAUCGACCAUGGAACCAUUGCCCAGAUUUUUCACAUGCAACGCCUCUGUCUUCCCACUGCACUGCAAGGUCAUAAGUACCGCAGGUCCAUAAUGAUUAGGAACAUGAGCGGGUAUGCGAUGGAGGAUAGCCACCACUCGUAGUGACGUCCAGGGUUGGGUUCAGGAGAGUAGGAGUUGGCUAGGAGGAUGCAGGCCAGAUAUAAUAGCACAAGUCUUUGGCGUCCUUUGGGAAACAGCAGAGCAUGUUCGAGAUGAACUAUGCAAAAUGUCAACAAACAUGCAGUAACCAGCCCCAGCUGUGCGGAAAACUGUUUUCUUACUUAGGUCUAAAUUUACAGAUGACACGUCAACUUCUGGUCUCUUGGUAUCACAGAUAAAAAGUUUGUUUGCCAGAGUCACUACCCCAAUGGUAUACAACGUAAUAUUGUAUGUGAACAUACCUCCAGUCACUCUGGUGUAUAGCAGUCUGAGAGCACACAUGCAGGUAUAGAGUUAUCUUAAGCUUGAAGUAAUGCAGGGCGGUAAAAUAAAGAUGGUGCCGAAUCUCAACAUGAUGCACACAAGCUCCAAAAUCACUUGAUUACUUUGGGCCAAGCCCUUGACCAGUCACUUUGGGCCAAGCCCUUGACCAGUAAUAAUAGCAUUUUAGUCUAUAAACCUCAUUUACAAUUUGAUGGACUAUUAAUGUCAUAAGUGAAGAAAUAUUCCUCAUCACAAACGCAGGUAAACAAACACAUGUCUUCACUGGGCAUGUGCAAACCCCUUCUUCAGCAGAAAAAAAUGAAAGGUUACAUUAUGUUUUAUUAAGACUACUAAAUAAAGUCUGCUGCUGCAGUCUUACUGGCUUUAUGCUGGUCAUAUUUUGAAGCUCUUGAAUUUUGUGAGUUUAUCAAAAUAUUUCAGAAUUUUGUCAGAACAAACAUUUCAACAUUUUCUUCUGGUGUUUACAUUCUGUAAAUGCUUUUGGAAUUUAUUAAGAGUUAAGCCUUAUAACAAUAGAGGUUUAUUUAUAAUAAUAUUUACUAUAGUACAUGGUGGGUCACAAAAAAAGUAACAACUGAGUGUGGUCCCAGCAUCUGUGGUCCCAGCAUCUGCUGUAAUUUUUGGGUAAGUGAAUGUGAGCAAUCCAUUAGCUCAUUCAUCUUCAUACUAUCUCUGGAAGUGGAAUCCCUUUUUUUGUGGCUCAAAGUUUGUAAACCAUUUACCAAUUAAUAUUAUUUUAGAGGUAAGAUUUAGUUAGUGAACUUGAUGAUAGUCUGAUAGUAGCCAAAAUAUGCCCAUAAUAUCAUAGGACUCAUGGCAUAUUUAACAAUUGAUAUAAUAAAGAAAAUUUAAAAUAAAAUAAUCUUAAAAAACUAAGCAGAAAUUUCUACACUACUUGGCGACAACUACAAAUUAAUGAGUAAACUCUUAGUAACCAUAUUAUUAGUAUCAAUGUUUGAAUAAUAGUAUUAGAUAAUAAAUUCUUUAUUAUAGAUGUGACCUUUGAUUUUGCCCUCAUUAAAAAAAAAUAAUACUAUUUUCAGGCCAAAUGUUGAUUUCACUGUUGACCCUGAGGCUAGAACUCUCUUCUGAGUCCUCAGACUUGAAAUACUUCAGGUCUUAUACAGGUAAAGUACCUGCAAACUGGUGCUCAAGAUUAUUACAUCUGACAUAUCAACCUCCUCACCUAAGAUAAAAUUUUAUCAUACUGAACCAACUAAGCUAUUGAAAGUUACAAAUAAUAUUCACCAAUGUUGGCACUCCCUUCAUGUGUCGGUUGGCAUAGGCCUAAACAACAACUAUAAAUUUCCAAAAACAUUACCUUGGUGAUCUAAAUAGCAAUUUUAUUAUUCAGAGUAGAUAAUUUAUACUCUCUAAGCAUGGCAGUCACAAAAUUAGGAUAUUAUGUUUGACCCAAUUUUGCACUUGGCUUUAUGAGGCUUCCGUUUAUUACUUCAUUCUUCAUUGUUAUCUAUAAUAAAAAUUAAUGUACUUGGAGAAAAUUCUAAAAAAUUUCCUAUUCCUAUGAUUCACUCAUAAUUUUUUGUUAAGGGUGAGGUGGCUGAAACCUCAAAAACCUUUCAUUGACUCCUGUUGUUCUUUUGUUUGGAUGUGGCAUUUAAUAUAGUUACAUUUUUAUGGAAGGCCUUUGUUUUAUUUACUUUUUUUUAUCAUCAGAAAAGGAAAUGAAUUAUAUCUUUUCCCAACAAAGUUUUUGGUAAUAAAAUAGUGACAGUAUUUGAAUAGAGGGACAUUACAGCGUUAGCAUGCACAGAUGAAAUGUGUGAUACAAUAGGAUUGAAAUAUGACAAUGAAUGGGAGGAUACAUGGCAUGGACUGAAAAUAAAAGAUCCACUCAUUAACUUAACACCCCCCCCCCACUUAUUCCCCUGGUUAUAAAGUAAACAGCUUAUGAAUGAAUAUAUGUUGUGUGUAGCACUAGAGAAGAUGAAAUGUGUGAUACAAUAGGAUUGAAAUAUGACAAUGAAUGGGAGGAUACAUGGCAUGGACUGAAAAUAAAAGAUCCACUCAUUAACUUAACCCCCCCCCCCCCCACUUAUUCCCCUGGUUAUAAAGUAAACAGCUUAUGAAUGAAUAUAUGUUGUGUGUAGCACUAGAGUUUUAUUUACAAUAUUUAACAUUAAUAAAAACAUUCAUGAUGUUGAUAUAAUUUAUAAUUUUUAAAAAAACUUCAGCCAAGGCUUCAGGUGGUCAACAUUAUUCCAAAGCGGGUUCCAAAUCGUAUGCGUCCGUUGCACGGGGUUCAUCUUCCCCUAGAGAUUUACAGCCUUCCAAUACCCCAUCCCAAUUUGAACUGACGAAGGGGGAGAAGCAUCAUUUCAACCAAAUAAAGCCUGAGCGCAGGGAGAGAACCCCAAGCUCCAGUGAGAUUCCUUUAGAUCAAGAACCACCACCAUCAGAGAGAUUGGGUGAACAGUCUAGUCAGAUUUUGUCAGGAGACGUUAGACAUAGAGACCCCCAAACUGAGAAUAUUGUUUGUAGGGGAAGACGAGUCUUUAAAGACAUACACAUUGAGCUAAUUGAGGAGCCAGGUAAAAAAUUGUUGAGUAAUAAAAUUGCUUUGGGAAAAAUGUUUUAACCAGAUUUUCUUUUUUUUUUUUAAUUUAAUGGUGGAGAUAGGAAUGAUGGUUUGUUUAUCACAGUAUUAUUGAAUUACAUCAAAACUCACUUAAAUAGUGCAAAAAACUUUCAUUUUAAUAAUAUUUCUGUGCCCCAUCCCUCAGCUUUCCCCUCCAGUACCAGUCUUAAAAACUAAUUUAAUGCUGGCAUGUACAAUGUACUUUUGAACUGCUUGUGAAAUCAAUAUCAUGUAGACUUCAUUCCAACAGUGUGAAUUACAUAGUUGGGCAUGUUAUGUGAAAGCCUGAAUAACGGUGAACAUAUUUUUUUUUAUUCCAUAUGACAUUAUUCAGGCUUUCACACACCAAGCAUGUCCUCACUAUUUAUCCAAUCAAACUUAGAUAAAAAAAUUUAUUACUACUUAUAUAUUUGUUUUUAAAAUCUUGUAAAAUUUUCCACAUUUUUUUUUUUUACAAGUUAUCAAGUUAUUGCUGGCAACUACAGAGCCAGAUUUAGGUCCAAUAAGCAUGGAUGAACAAGAGCCAUCAACAAGCAGAGGUGCCUCAGAGGAUGGACCAGGUCCAAGGGGAAAAGAACUUACUGAGGUAGGAUAUUCAUUGGGGAAAAAAAAUUAAUUAAAAUGUAAUUGAAAUGCUCACAUCUGUUUCUCUAUGUAAAUUUUUUCUGAAACCUCAAAAAAAAACAACAACCACUAAUAAACAAAUAACAACAGCUAGCCAAAUGUUGUCUUCAAAUAUUUACUUAAAAUAAAUAUCUAUUCAUUUAUAUGUAAUGUUUUAAUAGAUUUAUUCACAGUACUGCUACUUGAACAUGAGCCCUAACCCGUUGGUCACAUUGCUUUUUGCUUUAUGUGUAAAAUAUCUACAUCAAAUGUCACAUCAUUUAAAAAUUAAGGAAAUAAUUCAGCUCUCAGUGCUUUCAUGUUCUACUUAAUAUUUGAAGAUUCUGUUCAAAUUUACAAUUAUUUAUAUUUUUUGCAGGAUGCUGAGGAUCAUAAGUAUCAGGUCGUGGGUCGGCAAAGAAUAUCUAAAUCAGAGUCAGAUGAGCGUACACAGGCCACAUCGGCCAUGCCCAGUGGGGCCAACAGACCCAAAAGCCACAGUCCAACCAACAAAAUGCCAUCCACUGUCAGUUUCUACAGCGGUAACCCUUCUGUGGAGCUGACGAAAGGCAUCAUGCAUAUAUAUAAAGACAGGUGAGUUCAUUGUUCAGUAAGGCUUGUUAAAAAAAAUAAUUGUUUAAGACUGAGUUAUUUUAUAUAAGGCUUAUUGCAAAGAGAGUUCUUAGUGAGAGUACAGUUGAUUUAUAAUCUGGCUUCCCAAGAAAGUUCUGGAAUAGAAUGUAUAUUCUAGCUCUAGGUGCAUUAGACAAUUACUAGAACUGGAGUUCUUAUUUUUGUUUAGCACCAUUGCAGCCUGUAAUGUUGAACUGUGCUACCUAGGAACCUCAAAACAUCAAUUAAUCCUAUCUGUUGAGGAUAAAGAAAGUAGUGUAAUAUUUUAUAAACGGUAUACCCUCUUGGUGUGAUUUGAGCCUAGUUUAAGACCAAGAUGCUCCUGGUUUCAUAUAGCCAUAAAUGAAACCAGUUAUGGUAAUAUUUAUAUUAUAUCUUGAAUGUACACAUUAUAUGUUUUAUAAUGGGACAGGAAAAAAAGAAUUUCCAAAACUUAAGCAUUGAAAGUAUAAAAUUUUAUUUCAAGCACUGUAGCUUGUGGGCCUAAGGUAGUGGUUGGCAAAUCGCGGCUCACAACCUGAGCGGCUCGGCCGGUCGGCCACAAACCAGUUUUGACUACGAACAACAAGGUGCUUGUCAGGUUCUUGAAAAGAAAUUUGGCUCUCAAAAAAUUUGUAAUCGUCCUCCUGCUCAUUUUUGGCUCUUUUGACUAAUGAGUUUGCCGACCACUGGCCUAAGGCAUAGUUUGAUUGUGUUUACUGUGACUGAAACCAGUUUAAAAACAUGUGGGUGGCUUUUUAAAAAAUUUGAAUGCUUUUAAAACUAAUCCUUAGCCAAAUGACCACACUGGACAAGGAUGUGACUCGCAGUGAAAUGCUCUGCAUGAUGGGAGUGCCAGCCUCCUACACCAUUCAUGAUCUCAUCAAAUUUAUUGCUCCCAUGGGGUAGGUUGUUGACUGUGUGUGUGGUUUUACUGAUGGCUUAGUGCCGCCCCAAUGACAUGUGUGCCGCUCAUUAUAAUCAGGAUGUGAAAUGUAUUUUUUUGGCUAACCUUAUAUUAUCUAAAUGUUUAUCAUGUCAGAUAGAGGGCAAUUUUAUUUAUUUUUAAAAUAUUUUUUUGUGGUAAAAAAUAUAAUGAGCUCACAAUGGUCUGGUAAAGUCUUCAGGUCUUCUUAGAGAAGCAAUGGAUCUAAGUUAUCAGCAACACACAUGUAACUGAAACCAUCUUGACAUCUUCUUCCUUCUCUUUUCAGGGAUUGUGUGAGCUACAUGCAAGUGUUGAGAGAUGCAUUCCCAAACCAGUAUAUGUUGCUGAUCAAGUUUAGGGAUCAGGUAAUUUGAUAUCUUGUAGAUGUUACAUGUAAUAUAAGAAUAUAUUUUUGAUCCCCCCCCCCCCCUCCAAAGCAUAUGAAGAAUAUAUUUUUGAUCACCCCCCCCCCCCUCCAAAGCAUAUGGUUUGAAAUAAGCAGCAACAUGUUUCUAAAGUAAAUCAAUAAAACCAAGCUAAAUAUGCUAUAUCUUUUACAAAAUAUGCUGGAGAAGUGAAGUUGUCAGCAAAUGAUUAUGAAUAAACUGGUAAAUUUUUUUUUCUGUGCAGUGAUAAUCAUUCUUAUGUAAAUUUUUUAAAUCUAUAAGUAUACUAGAAAUAAUCCACCUAGCAAUGGCGAAAGAAGUGCAUGAACUUCCCAUACACUAAGGUUACAUGAUAAAACGUACAUUCAAGUAACACACUUUAUUAGAAUCCAAAUUAGUGAUAACUUUUGGGAAUUUUAUUUUGCACGCCUAUUGAACACAGGCUUACAGCUAUAACAUUAUAUGGAACACAGUGUUACAGCCAUACACACAUACCUAGAGAAUUAUUAUUUAUAUUUUUUAAUAACAUAUUAUAAUACAUUUUUUAAUUUUUAAUUUUUUUUUAUGAUUUAAAAAAAAAAAGACUUAGGUUCCUUUAAAUGUUAUUUGAUAGUUUCUAUAAGUUUAACUCUCUAUAAAAUUCACUUUUAACCUUGAUAUGACCUAAUGAAGACAUCAGCCGAUGAUUUCUACUCCUACUUCAACAACCGGAGAUUCAACUCCAUUGAGCCAGACAUUUGUCAUCUUGUCUAUGUGGCCAAAAUAGAACUCAUCAAUGAAGCAGAGGUCAGUUUUUUUUAUUAUCAUGUUUUAUUUGUUAGUUAGCAGUUACAGCUUUAAAUUUGUUAGCAAUUACAGCUUUAGAUUAAUUGGUAAUAAAUUAUUAUUUGUAAUAAGCCCUAGUUUGGGAAUCUUGGUUAUAUUCUUUCUAACAACAUGUCUCUCGAUAAACACAUAUCUCACAUUUGUCGUUCAGCAUACACCACUAUCCAUCAGAUCAGCUCCAUACGCCACUGCCUCACAGUUAGCGCUACAAAAACUCUAGUUUGUGCUCUUGUUCUCUCUCGUCUUGACUAUUGCAACUCUCUGCUGUCAGGUUCACCAAAACACUGCUUAGAAAAACUGCAGAAAGUUCAAAACUCAGCUGCUAGGCUAGUUUUAAAGGCAAAAAAAACGUGAUCACAUCACUCCACUACUCCAUUCCCUUCAUUGGCUACCUAUAUAGGCACGCAUUGACUACAAGUUGUCUGUUCUCUGUCACAACUUUUUCUUGGAUUCCUGUCCUUCCUAUCUAACAGAACUUCUUUCUGUCUAUUCACCCCUUCGACAGCUUUGCUCCUCUGCAGACAUGCAUAUUCUGUCCGUUCCCAAGACACACACUAAAACAUAUGGUGAACGAUCUUUCUCUUUCUGCGCCCCCAAACAAUGGAAUUCUUUGCCACUACACUUACGCAAUAUACCAACCACCCAGGCCUUCAAAACUGCACUCAAAACAUAUCUUUUUAAAUUAUACUACUCUGACUGAUUCCCCUCCUCUGACCGAUAAACGAUCUUGCUGACUGCCGUCCAUGGUUUGCCUUGUAAAAGUUAUGUGUUGGGGGUGGGUGAAUAUACAUUGCUGUUCUUUAUUUCAUAAAUGUAUUUUAUUUUGUCAUGAUUAUGUCUCUUUUGAUAAAAUUUUUAUGUACAGCGCGCUGAGCCCAGCCCUAGGCUGAGGUACCGCGCUAUAUAAGACCUCUUAUUAUUUUUACUAUUAUUAGUUAGCAAUUACAGCUAUAGAUUAGUUAGUAAUUACAGCUAUAGAUUAGUUAGCAAUUACAGCUAUAGAUUAGUUAGUAAUUACAGCUAUAGAUUAGUUAGCAAUUACAGCUAUAGAUUAGUUAGCAAUUACAGCUAUAGAUUAGUUAGCAAUUACAGCUAUAGAUUAGUUAGUAAUUACAGCUAUAGAUUAGUUAGCAAUUACAGCUAUAGAUUAGUUAGUAAUUACAGCUAUAGAUUAGUUAGCAAUUACAGCUAUAGAUUAGUUAGCAAUUACAGCUAUAGAUUAGUUAGCAAUUACAGCUAUAGAUUAGUUUAGUAAUUACAGCUAUAGAUUAGUUAGUAAUUACAGCUUCUUCGCUUUAGCACUAAAUUUAUGUAAGGAAAGGUUUAAAGCUCUCAGCAUUUAUUUUGUUUUUCUUAAAAGCUUUUAAAGUGCACUGCUGUAGUAUAGGCAAGUUACAUCUUUUUUGUUCUUACAUUUACUUGCAGGGAGGAAGUCUACCAAUCAUGGACAUGACAGAGCUGCCCAACUGUCCAGUUUGCUUGGAGAGGAUGGUUAGUUUCUUUCUUUCUGAAAUGGCCAUAUUAAAUUAAAUGUUCUCAUUAAUGUAUUUUUAAAAUUUAAAAAUGGAAAUUUAAAACUGUAUAAAUAUGUUGAGCUGCUGUAAAAGAAAAAAAAAAAAAUUAAUUUCAUUAAAAUUCACAGCAGUAGUGUUUACUAUGGCAUUUAAAGUAACCGGAAGGUCGUAAGGUUCCAAUGGCAUUUUAAAAAUCUUUCUCAAAGGUUAAUCAUUGAAUGAAUAUCAAUUAUGAUCUAAUCUUAAAGAAAAAGAGGAGCUAAAUCCAAUUUACUAUUAUUGGUCUUCCUUCAGCAAAGAGAGUCAAGUUAGGUACCAACUGUGCGAAAUUUAAGAGUUGAGCAGGUUAAUUAAAAAAAAAAAAAAUUAAAUGCACCGAUUGACUCUUACUCUGGACGUCAAGGGUUGUGUGCUCUUUGAUUUUCAUUAUUCAAAUUAUUCAAAUUAUUUUCAUUGUUUAUUUCUCCAUCUGUGAUACCAGGAGGAGUCAGUUGACGGCAUCCUCACAGUACUGUGUAAUCAUGCAUUUCACACUCACUGUCUAGCACAGUGGGGGGACACAAGGUAGGGGUUAGUUUGUUUGGCCAGGGGUGGAGACACAAGGUAGAUUGAUGUUUGCAUUUUAGUUCCUUAAAAAACAAUUUUGUUUCUGCUAUCUGUGUUCAUUUCCUACCACAUGGGGAGAAUGAGAGUGCUUUUUCUUCUUCAGAUUUCCCAUACUUUGUUUCAUUCAUUUCCUUUUUUUCCUACCACAUGGAGAGAAUGAGAGUGCUUUUUCUUCUUCAGAUUUCCAUACUUUGUUUCAUUCAUUUCCUUUUUUUCCUACCACAUGGAGAGAAUGAGAGAGCUUUUUCUUCUUCAGAUUUCCAUACUUUGUUUCAUUCAUUUCCUUUUUUUCCUACCACAUGGAGAGAAUGAGAGAGCUUUUUCUUCUUCAGAUUUCCCAUACUUUGUUUCAUUCAUUUCCUUUUUUUCUACCACAUGGGGAGAAUGAGAGUGCUUUUUCUUCUUCAGAUUUCCCAUACUUUGUUUCAUUCAUUUCCUUUUUUUCCUACCACAGCUGUCCGGUAUGCAGAUAUUGUCAGACCCCAGAGGAGGUUGCCGACCAGCGGUGUAUGCAGUGUGGCUCUCAUGAGGUUAGUUGAUGGAAAUAAAAUCUUCAAUGGUCAAAUACCCUCGGAAUAAGGGCUGACGCUAUGUAAAUGCUAUCACUUCUCACAUAUGGAUAAAUAUUUGUUUAAAUUAUUAAGAGUGUUACGCAGACGUCUUGUUGACGCUGUGAAACCCGUGCAUGAACUCUGGGUGACCCUUAGUUUGGCUACAAUGGGUGUGGCUUAAUUAUAAAUUGUCUCCCUUGACUCCAUGCAAACAGAGUCUAAACUUUGACAUUAGAAUUCUUUAGAGCUUACCAGACAGACCCAGAUAGGGAUAGAAUGUGUAACCCCUUAGUCUAAACUUUGUCAUUAGAAUUCUUUAGAGCUUACCAGACAGACCGAGAUAGGGACAGAAUGUGUAACCCCCUUUCUGGGAAAGUCUCUAAGAAAUAUAAAAAUAAGACGGUCGACAUACAGAGAGGGAGAUUGAGCUACAUAGAGACUGCGAGACAGACAGAGUUUGAGAUUAUGAUACUGUACUAAUCGUAGAUUUGUAUUUUAAUAUUUUGUGUGUGUAUGCACCUUUUUCAACUUUGUACGGUACAAGUUCAUAACUGUACUGUAAAUGAAUAGCAUUUACUUUCAUUCUAUUUGAUUUUAUAUUGUGAAGUUAACGUAAUGAAUUAUUAUUUGUAAUAAGCCCUAAUUUGGGAAUCAAUUCUUUAUUACUGUAUUUAAUUAAUGGUAUCGUCAUUUAUUAUGUGCUGUUUGUCUCGAGGCUUAUAGUCAAAUAAGAGUUUAGAUUCUCUACACUUACAAUGGUACGUACCAAGAAUAUAUGAAAUAGUCUAAUUAAUUGCCAUUCCCUUUUUGUAAAAUGUGUUUACAUACAGUACUUAUUUUGGAAAUUUCCAUUGUAUUUGUCUAAAUACUGUUAUAAUGUGCAUGUUAAAAAUCAAGUCCAGCUCCCAGCUUUACUUCACUGUGUCUGACUGUGACUCCAGCCCUAUCCAAGUCCCAACCUGUCCUUUUUCUCUGCCACAUCGCCAUCCUACCCUGGUCCUUUGCCUGCCCUAACUCAGUUACACUCAAGUCCUAUCCCAGACUUAACUCUCUUCCAAGAGUCGCACUCAUUUCAUUGUAUCUCAUUGCAGAGUUUGUGGAUCUGCCUCAUCUGUGGCUUAGUGGGUUGUGGUCGCUAUGUAGGAUUACACGCAUACAAGUGAGUGGUUGUUUGUAUCAUAUCGAUUAUAGAUAAGCGUACAGCACAAGCGAACUGAGCAGCCCACUGGUUAACUUACUUGAUGGCUCUUUGCUGAUGGUAGACUUUGACUUAUAUUCUAUAGGAUUGUUGGCAGCAAUGUGAAAACUUGCUUGAUUUGCUCUUCAUCAAGACACAAUAUUUAUAUAAGAAACAUGACAUUAUGUUGUAAAUUGGAGAGAGAAAAAAAUUACCAAAAGAGUUUUGUUUAUAUCUAUUUUUUGUGUGGAUACAUUGCAUUGAUGUUUUAAUCUUUGCUGUGCAGACAUGGAUACAAUACAUUGAUGUUUUAAUCUUUGCUAUGCAGACAUGGAUACAUUACAUUGAUGUUUUAAUCUUUGCUAUGCAGACAUGGAUACAUUACAUUGAUGUUUUAAUCUUUGCUAUGCAGACAUGGAUACAUUACAUUGAUGUUUUAAUCUUUGCUAUGCAGACAUUUCCAAGACACCAACCACACGUAUGCCAUGCAGCUGGGCACCAAUCGCGUAUGGGAUUACGCGGGUGAUAAUUAUGUGCACCGGUUGGCCCAGAACAAAUCUGAUGGGAAACUGGUUGAAGUUGACGAAGGUGGUAAUGAGAUGCAAGAAGAGAAGCUUGACUCCAUCACUCUAGAGGUGACCUAAUAGAAAAAAAGUUAUCAACGUAGACAUUCAGUUUGCCCCUGGUCUCUCAUCAAAGAUGUUAAUAUUGAAUCUUUUUUUUUUUUGGUACUGUGAGAGUGAAUCGCUUCAAAUUCAAGAAGCAUUUUUUAAUGAGUGAUAUCUAGCAAUGCUUCUAAAACAAAUGUUGGAUCAAUUUUUCAUGGUUGUAUCCCUCCCAAAAAAAGUAUUAUCUUUGUUUAUGAUUGAAAAAAUUGUUUGGUUAAGCUAACAGUUGUUUUCACAGAAGAAAUUUUCAUAAAGACCUAAUUGUUGCCUUCACCCAACUUUGAGGAACACAUUUUAUAACAAAUGAAGCCUUUUUCAACAAAUAGUUUAAAUGGCACUUCAAAGUCACACAAAAGAAAUUAUAAUUCAGAAAAUUAUAUGUUUUGGUAAAAAUUAAAAAUUUUUAAAUAACUUAAUCUGCAGUACACUUACCUACUGACCACUCAGCUGGAAUCACAGAGGCUAUACUUUAUGGAACAAAUUCAAGAAGCUGUUAAAGAUCUAGAGUCUAAGGUAGGCUGAUUGACUCUGCACAUGCAGAUUUUGGAGCUCGGGCAUCCAUACUAAUAUUUCCAUUACCCAUUCAAAAAUUUUAAAACAGUUUUAAACCAUUUCAUCAUAUCUAUUGUUGUAUUUAAAAAAAUCCUAAUAAAUCCUCAAAGUUUUUUUUUAUUUCGGUGAUCAUCAUUUACGAUUGCCUAUAUUUUUCAAGACUUUCUACGGGCAUUUCCAUCUUGUUUGUCAUAUUGUCAUUUUUUGGCGGGAUAUUGUAUUUUAAGAAAAGUUUAAACACGACUUUGCUAGAAAGUCUUUUUUUUUUUUUUUUUUUUUUUUUUUUUUUAUUUUUUUUUUUUUUUUUUUUUUUAUUUUUUUUUUUUUUUUUUUUUUUUUUUUUUUUUUUAAAUAAAAAUAAGUUAGUUUAUGCAUGAUAAACUAUUCAUACAUGAAAAACAAACAAUCAUGACCAUUGAAUCAAUGUUAGUAUAUGCUUAUGAAGGUCAUCAAAUGCCUCUUUCUCGACACAUUUCGCAUGCAAAAUUGGAGCAUAUUUUGGUUACACACAGAACUUAUUGUAAAAUGUACUAAUUUUCCAAUGAAACAACUACACACAGCCAGACACUUGAUACUUAAAUAAUAUCUAGGAAGGCCAGUUAGUGGCAUCUUUCAAAGCAUUCCUCAAUGAACGCAAAGUCACCACUCCUUCUAGAAUCACAAUAUAAAACAGUUUUGUAAAACCAGCUUUACCUUCCAUUUUAUUUUUUUUCUCCAAAAGAUAAUGAUUAAUCAUCUAAAUUAAAAUCCAUAAUCCACAUUUCCCCUCUUCUUAAUAGUAAUUAAUUCUCAGUUGGUAGGCCUAUGUUUCAGUAGUAUGUCUCUUAUGGUUACCCUUGCUUGUUGUUGGAAGUCUAAAGUUAAAAACAUAAUAAUAUUUGUAACUGAUAGGGCUCUAGGCUAAAUCCAUCAGCUGAUUAACUUAUGAUGGUAAUUGUAACUUCUGUGAGUUCAUGUCAAUAUGAAUUUUUGGGGACUCCAUCCAUCACUCACGGAUCCCAUACGUUCCUCGCUUUCCUCAAAUGAAAAUAUGAGUUCCAGUUUCCAUACAUUACUUUUUAUUGUCACAGUAAUAGCUCAGUAAAUAAAGAAAUAUAAUAUUCAAUGUUAGCUACUUUGAAAUACAAGAAUGAUUACAAGUAGGCUCUCCUCAACCCACAAAUUCUCAAAUCCUAACCAACGUGGCUGAUCCAUGCUUAGUUCUUAUUUCUACUCUCUCUCUCCUUCCUGACCUCUGCGCAUGACCAGACAUCGUCCCCUUGAUAUGUAAUGUCUAAAAUAACAAAAUGGUCCAUUUCUUUAAAUAUAGAGCUGUUACAAGAAUAAUAAUAAUGAAAAAAAACACAAUUUGUUUCACUUUGCAUAUCUACAGCUGAAAGAGUCCUCAGAGAGGUGGGAGAAGGAGAGGAGUGAGAGAGAGAGGGCAGAGUGCAAGUUGUCUGAGCUCAGCAAGGAGAAAAACAUCCUAGAGAAGAAAUGUUCACAGGUGAGAAUUUUUAACUUCUUUUGUUUAUAAUAUGAAGACCAAAGAAAAUUGAUCAUGCUGAGGCAUACCAACCAAAGAUUCUUCCAGUUUUUCUUUUUUCAUUAAUUUUUCUUGGCUUUGCUGGUCUAAAUUGAAUAAAUGAUAAAGUCAAAUUUAAAAGUUCUCAUAUUGCUAGACAGAUUGUCAUAAUAUUUGUAAAAUAUGAACAAGCCAACACCCACCCCCCCCCUCCCAUAAACAUGAUAAAUUUGUGAACAAAUAAGAUGACGGAAACCGUGAAGAUUGUAAAAAUGUGCACCAAUCAAAUAAUGGUCCAAUAAAUAUUCAAUUGCUAUUCAAACUUGGGGUUUCCCUCACUGUUCCAGCUCACAUCACGCACUGCCAAAGUCCUGUCUGAGCUUCAGGAUGAGCGGCAGAUGAACAAGAGUCUUCGGGAAAACCAACAGUUGUGGCAGGAGAAGACAAAAGGAUUGGAGGAGAGACUGAAGCAAGUCUCAGAUAAAAAGGAUCAGGUACCACAUGGCCAUACAUAUACUUUUUUUCCCUUAAAAUGUAAUAAUUUAUGAUGUCAUGCAGUCUUCACAGUAAUAACCCACCUCGUGACCCGACUCAUGGCUUUUUCCUGCUUUUAUUAGUGUAUCUUUAAUUUAUUAAAUUUUUCCCAAUUUUGAAUAUCAUGUCAAUGUUUUCAAUAUUUCAGGAAAUUUCUGAACUCCAAGAACAGCUGCGAGACAUCAUGUUCUACUUGGAUGCACAAAGGAAACUGGCAGAGAAUCCGGGCGUGUCGCAAGAAGAGAUCCAGGGGGGACAAGUGAUUGUCGGGGCAGCAGCAACGCCGGCUGGUAAUGGGAAAAAAAUCAGGAAGAAAAAAAGAUAGGGAUCGGGUCUGAGGUUGAAAGCGAUCGACUUUCUCUAAGAGUUUCAGUAACAAUGAUUCGGGUUGAAGGUAAAUGCUCACAGAUUUGUUUGAAGUUAAGAUGCAAGGUUAAGCGGUGUUUAUACCAGUGCAAGAACAGAUAUUCUCGCCAUUGAAUUAGUAUGUGUUGAUUAUUUAAAAAAAAAUUACUUAUUGAUACUUUUUGUGGAUAUUUCACCAUAGAAGGGAUUGUAUAUACAUGUUUUUGCUGUUAAAAGUUUAAAUGGGACUAUCCCUUUCACUUAUAGUAUUAGGCAUUUGUAAGCUAAAGCAUGUAAAAAUAAUAAAAUGCAAUUAUGAAACAAUUUCGUUCCCAAGCAAGUAAACUUAAGAUAACCACUGCCCAUGUUGUUUACUGGGCAACAAAGCUUUAAAUGUAAUAUUUAAAUGAUGUAGACUGUAUCACUUUGAAUCAGGAAGAACAUCUUUCACAAGUUGACCCAACUUUUUCAAAAGGUGAAACAAAAAUGUUGUUCACCACUUCACUAACAAAAUUCUAUUUGCUCUAAAAUUUGCCAAAAUGAAAUGACUUCUUAUCAAAUUAGUCCACUGGAUCAUACCAUAUCUUAAUGUUUUUAAUGGCAUGAUUUCUUUUUGGGUUAUGUCAGGGUCAGCAGAUUCGACUCCCAAAAUGUUCUCUUAGCAGAUAUAAUUUAUAAAAAUGGCUCCUUACUAAAAAAAAAUGUUGCAGAUUCCUGGGUUAAGUUAAUAUUCAUUUGCAACUUCUUUCUCAAAAUGACUUGUGAUUUAACUAACUGUUAAGUAAAACAUUUUCUGCUAAAGAUAAAAACAUUCACAGUCUCAUUACACCUGCACUUUUUUGUUUAAAUUUAACAAAAAUAUAUCAUUGAACUAUCAUUUUCUUACAAUUUCCAGCAAGCCCCUGACACAAGUGACAGUGUUGAGAAUUUUUGUAGAGAUAUUUUUAUAUAAUAAUUUGAUGGUUUUAAUAUUUUAGGCUCCUUAAAAAGUUGAAGGUUUAUUCUUAAUUUUGAAAUAAAUAAAGCCAGCUGAAGGUCCUCUCCGUUAUCAUUAAUGGUUACAUAGAACUGAAACCAAUCUAACAAGCAGAUGGUAUGCUCACUUGCCCACACUUUCAGACAUUCACCAUUGUGCUCAACAUUUAAUGUUGGACUCUGACAGAUGUGGACUCUUAUAAUUUCCAAAUAAUUACCUCUGUUAUGGGCAAUAUUCCCGCUAUUUUUUUAUGAGCUUAUGUACACAGAAAAUUCUGUGUAUGCAAUAUUUUAGAGAUGGUGCACAUUUUGUGCACAGUGGGAUAAAGCAAAGACUAAAGAUGAAACUGGCUUGUUAAUGGUAUUAAAAUAGAUAGAUUUGCUUGGAAAUUUUGAGUUAAUAAUAAAUAAUUAAAAAAUCAAUUAUUUUCAUGUAAAAAUCUUGUGUGCGCACUUCAAUUAUUUUUUUUCGCUGGCUAUAUAUAUAUGAGACGUGUGCGUAUUGCUCUCAUCCUUUGAAAAAAAUCUUCAAGUGAGACAUUUCAUGUGUCAUUAAUUUGUAAUAUAUGUCAAAUUUUGAACAAGAAGUUAUGUACAAAUCAGGACUGGUCUUUACAUAACCAAAGAGAGGACAAAUAUGAGUGCCAUUUUUCUAAAAGUGAAAUUUAUUGGAGGCCUAUCAGAUCAUGAUGUUAUGAAUAUUCAAUGUGAACAAGAUUUUUAUGAAACUCUAGUAUUGUCUAAUUGUACAUAUCUUUAUGUGUAGUAUGAUUUAAACUAUAGCUACAGGGUUGGAUUCAGGCCUUUCUGAAUUGACACAGAUUUCAUACACUCCGAUUUAAAUUUUGAAAAAAUGAAAGAAAUAUGAUUUUGUAAAGUUUUUGUGUAAUUGAUUUCUUUCUUUUAAAGGAUACCAACUUUCAGUGAAAAGCAACAAGCAAAUUUAGAACUUUAAACAUUAAAAAAAAAUUUUGUUUGUUUUAAGAAAGUCUUAAUUUUUUUUCUUCCUAGCAUUCUAUUUUAAUUUUAUUCUGGAAAAUCAACACAGUCUAUAGUGUUGAGAAUUUUUUUUGGCAGUUCAAAAAUGUAAGCUGUUGGAUCUAAAUCUAUUCAAACAUGCUGAUUGAAUUUUAAUUCAGAUAAUAACUCUAGUCUAAUUACUUCACAGCUUUAUUUGAAAUUGCAUAACUCCCUUUGAUAUUGCUUGUAGUUGUAGGUGCAAUCUGUAGCUGUAUUUAUAUACAGCAUCAUGGUUUCUUUCAAAUAAGGAAC